AAGUCACUGGACGCUCGCAAAGAUCCAGCUCGAGGAAGUGGCUCCGGAUAAAUGGGCCCGUGAAGUGUCAGGAAAACGAGGCGGCCGAGGGGGAGACGGGAGGAAGAGGACAGAGCCGAGAGACCGCUGUCAUAACCAGAAAACGUUAGCUCAGUUUGCCAAAGGAGAAAGACGUUACUUUGACAGUUAAAAGCCGACGGACGGCCGCGUGCGCAGAGAUGGAGCUGUCAGCGAUUGGAGAGCAAGUGUUCGCUGUGGAAUCAAUCGUGAAGAAAAGAGUUAGAAAGGGGAAUGUGGAGUAUCUGCUGAAGUGGAAAGGAUGGCCUCCAAAGUACAGCACAUGGGAACCUGAAGAACACAUUCUGGACCAGCGCUUGGUGCAGGCCUAUGAAGAGAAAGAGCAGAGAGACAGAGCUCUGGGUCAUAGGAGAAAAGGAUCCAAAGCCAAAAGACUCGUUCUGCAGAAUACUGUCUACACCAUGGAUCUCCGCAGUGCUCACAAGACUCCAGAGAAGCCUCCGCCUCGCCUGCGCCUCUCCCUGACACGCUCUCUGGUGUCGGAGGACGAGGAUCAGCCGUACAGUGCCUGCAGGCAGGACCCACAACCGCAACUGGCACAUCGACAAAGCAAACCCAAGAGGUCGCAGUUCAGGUGCCUUGACUCAAACCCUCCAAGUCCCACACAAGAGGACUGGGAAGGUCGGGGAGAGGAGGAAGAGCUGGAGGAGGAGGAGGAGGACGACGACAAUGUAGAAUAUGAAGAGGAUAGAGAGGAGGAAGAGGAGGACAAAGAGGAGUUCCUAAAGGAGACAACAGAGAAGAGCGGAGGCAUUUUAAAUGGACAGAGAAGGACAGACGAGUGGAGCUCCGCUAUUGGCCCAGACGAGGUCACCGCAUCAGAGAAGCCAGACGACGACGACGUCUGGCGACCCGUCGUCAGUCCGGGGGAGGUGACCGUCACAGACGUCACCCUCAACUCCCUCACAGUGACUUUCCGAGAGUCAAGAGUGGCCAAAGGCUUCUUCAGAGAGUGGGGCCUGGAGGUCUGAAAUGUGAUGAGGUCUGAGUAGGUUGGUGGGGAGGGCGCUGCGAGAGGCAGUUGGAUGCACUGGUGUCAUCACAGUGUGUGAAUGGUGGUUGAGGAACGGGGUUGGGGUUUUCACUCCCUCUCUGUAGCCUCUCACUCUGCUCUUCCUCUCACCAGCUACUUCCAGCCUGGUCAGUGGUAUGUUUACAUGCACAGAGUCACCUGGAACGAGGCCAAACUCCAGUUCAUGUUAUAUAUAGGCGGAGCUGGUCACCUUUCAUACGGUGAGUUACUGGUUGUGACUUCUGGAGCAGCGUGAGCCAAGUCGCCAGGCUGAUUUAGUUGCAAUCACUGGCACUGGGGGACCUAAUGUGAGUGAGGCGUUGCCUUUAUGUGGCUGCCAGAUUUAGGUUGAUUUUAGGGGUUGGUGUCAGCUCCAGUAAGCACCACCUGGGCUAACUGAGGGUGCUGUUGUUGACUUCUGGAAUCUUCCAGUGCCAAACAGUUAAAGGGCCAGUGUGUAGGAUUUAUGCGGCUCUAUUGGCAGAAUAUGGCAAAAAUGGGAUAUGAUUCAUAAUUAUGUUUUCAUUAGUGUAUUAUCACCUUAAAACAAGAGUAGUUGUGUUUUAUUUACCUUAGAAUGAGCUCUUUAUAUCUACAGAGGGAGCGGGUUCUCUUCCACCGCGUCUGCAAUAUUGCACCACCAUGUUUCUACAGUAGCCCAGAAGGGACAAACCACUCAGUUGGUUGCAGUCUGCAACCUCACCACUAGAUGCCACUAAAUCCUACACACUGGUCUGUUCAAAUGUGACUUACUGUAAGUAUGUGAGUCAGGUGAGGUGAGGGUACGAGUCAAAGGGAUUCAUGAAAGCUGAAGACUCAAAGCUACUUAAGGAAUCUUUGAUUUGUUAGUAUCAGUUAAAAUGUGCCCUCAAAGGUAUAUCAUGAUCUUUUUUCGUCAUGGGUCCUAACUUUACCACCUGAAAGGUACCCUGUAGGGUUUUCUUCUAAGUAAAUUUUAUUUGUUGUAUUUCCAUUCAGUGCUACUCACCAAAAGCAUUGUGUGUGUCCUCCAGGUCUAACAGAGAUGCAUUUCCUUCAUCAUUAAACGUAAUGCUCAGCAGGUUUUUAAAAACCCAGCAUUGCAUCCAUCUGUGUUUGCUUGCUUACUUACUUACUUUGCUGGUGCAUUACUGCACCUCUAGAUCAGUGGAAUAGUGUGAAACCAGCAGCAGGAAUGUGUAUCACAUCACCCAAGAACUAAUAAGCCAGGGACCCACUCAUCAGAACAUUGCUCCACAGUGCUACUAGUGGUCAAAAACUCCACAGGGUACCUUUGAAGCAGUGAACAGAAUGGGCUUCAUGGAUGGAAGAGUUUGCAUUUGCAAAGUAAACAGCCAUCAGAGGAAUGUACUGGUGUAAGACUAUAAAGUAGCACAGCAGCAGAGUUCUGACAUUUACAGUUGAAAUCAAAUAACGUGAGUAAUCAUGUGAAUCUGAGGAAGAAGACGAGUUCUCUGUGCAUGUAAACAUGGCCGCUGUUUCUGUCUCUUCCACACUAAGCUAACCGUUUAGUACCGGACUCAUAGGUAUUGUACAUAUUCAACACUACAGUGAGGUGGGCAUAGCUGUCAGUCCCAUACUAACAUGCAGUGCUGUACCUGUAACCUGUGAACACAUAGACUGUUACUUCUGUACGACGUGUGACUUAGUCUUGGAUGCAUUUCAAAACCCUCUGAGAGCUGAUUUGAUCCGCCUGCAAGCCUUUCUCCUCCAGUACAGUUCUGUCAAUGCAAAUAGACACAGUGUAGUUUUCUCUGUCCACCCAGCUCUUCAUCUCAAAACAUACAACACACCAUACAAGUGAUGACUGAGUAUUGUACCAAAAUUAGAAAACUAGAUGAGACCUGAUAACAGAAUGUACUAUGGAAUUGCACUGUAUUCACUGUACAUCAUAAGGGUUUGUGUGUCCAUCAGGAGCCUCUUUGUGAGUUCAACCAACAGGGUAAAUCACUCAGUUUACAUGACUGAAACAUUUUUAAUGAAAGUAUACCAAAAGGUUUCAUUGAUUUCCUACCUUCCAGUUACCUAUCACAAAGGUACGAAAAUCAGCUCGCACUCUUUUACGCUCUCUCUGCUGUCUGAAUCUAAAUUAUGAUACGCAGUCAUGUUGGUUUUUUUAGACUUUUCCCUUUUGAAAUACUUUAGUUUCACCCUCUCAGGCCUAUGAUGAGAGGUUGCAAGGAGAUAUUCCUCUAUGUUAAAGGAUAGGGUCAAUAUUUUUAAAGGCCAUUUUAAUACAAUAGUCAGGUGCUCAUAUGAACACUGAGACACGUUUUGUUUGCUGUAAUCAUUCCUCUUGUUCAUACUGGCCAUUCACACUGAUCCCUUCCUAAUGUACUUUCAGUGUAAGUGAUGGGGGACAAAAUCCAAACUCCCGAUUCUGUGACAAAAAUAUACUCCAAAGUUUAUCUGAAGCUUAUAUGAGGUGAUAGCAGUCUGGGUUCAACAAAUCAAGUGGCUAGCUUCCGGAGUUACUCUCUUUUUGGUAUAAAAUUCCCUCUUUGUCUCUCCACAGACAGGGUUUCUUUGUUGAGCUGCAGGAGCAGCUAAACAGAAGCCUCAUAUUAGCUUCAGAUUAAGUUGAACACAUUUUUGCACAAAGUGUACAUUUUGUCCCCAUUUUAGCAAAAAUGAAAGGGAACUUUUAAUUGCCAGUAUGAAUAGAUGGAAUGAUUACAGCAAGCAACAACAGUUUCAGUAGGAUCAGUAUUAGUAGGAUAAUUUUGAUUAGAAGGACAAAAAUCCAAAUAGAUAUCACCAGUAAUAAUUUAAUCAGUCAGAAAAAAUGCCAUUUUUGAAAUCUACAAUUUCAUGACAAUACAUAUAAAGUCUAUCUGAAGUAUACUGCUGCUGUCUGGAAGGUAGGAAGUGAAUGUAAAAACCUGCAGGAUGCUUCAAAAGUGUUUAGCUUAUGCAGUUUGUAAUCAAUGGGCUACAACAUGAGAAACUCACCAAUGUGGUGUUUACCACAGCGUGACCCGGCUCGCCCCAUCAAUCAGAUGGUUAGAAAACUAAAUCAUCAUUCAAAUAAUUCUGAAAAUGAUUUUACUUAAAAUACUGAGCAAUUGUAAGAACACAUAAAGUGAAGUGAAACGUUUCUCCACAGCUUUCCAGACUUAUUUCACGUAAGUGCAAUCAGGGAUCAACACUGAGCAGAGCGGUAUAAACCCAGUGUAGCGGUCUAACCCUGCUGGCUUCCUGCCCGGUGGACACAGGAGCUGAUGUGAUGUGUCAAGUCUGUGGAAUCUCCCACGGUGGCGUCCCAUUGGUCCACAAGUUGUUUAUCCCGCACUGAGGCUGAUGGGUCCGCGUCUCGUGAUCUCAAAACUGUCUCUGUGUGACAAUGAAGCUGCAGGGAAUGGAAGUGCCUGAAGUUGAAUAAUUUUGUUGUUGUUUUGUCUGCAGGGCUAAUGUCCCUCUAUCCUUCACACACACACCUACGCUAGUUCUGUCCCAGCUUCUUCGGUUUGUGUCUGUCUGAAACGAUCCUCCACUGAUACCUAGAUUUGAAAUGUGAGCGGACGUCAAAGAGGAGGAAGACGGAGGGGACAGUCGGGAGAAACAUGUAUUUUUUCAGUCGUUAUUUUUCUAAAUUGACCUGAAUGUAUAUUUAUUCUUUAAAGAUACCUGUGUUUUUGUCACGCAGAUGACUGAACAGAAUAGUUUUUAUAUAGUUUGUGAUAACCUCCGAGCUGAUACCAUAAAUGUACUGACGUGACAAAACGAGCACCUGGAUUUGACGUUGCCUAAUGUGGUUGCUUGUGCUGCUUUUGUCCUCCACUGAGCAAAGAACCUUGCACUUUAUUGUGAUGUAAACCUGCACAUUACCUGCUCCAGUCCAUGAAGUGUCAUUGUGUAUAGAAUAUUUCUAUGGUAAUACUAAAAUAAAUGUUGCUCAUAUUUAGUAUCAUUUUAAUCAAACUUGUUCAGCUGCUUAGUGACGUCUCAAAUAUACACACAGCUGCAGUGUUGUGCUCAGAUAUUGUGACAUGUUUACAGGGUGUCUGCAAAGUGCCAUAUGAGUGAACUCUUU